AUGGUGGUACCAACGAUGGAUAGCCUACCGAGGGUACCGGACACCCACGGGGACACCGUGGACGAGAAAGUAUUUUCCGACCUGUACAUCCGAACCAGUUGGUUCGAUGCAACGAUAGCACUCGAUCAAAUAGAAAAGGGUAAAGCACGGGGGAGAAGGUCCUCGGUGUACAUGCGGUCCCUGUUCCAGCAAUAUCUCUACAACCUAGGCUGUUCGAUACAGAAACAUGCCGGCAAGGUGUUAUUCGUAGCGAUACUAGUGCUCAGCACGUUCUGUGUCGGGCUUAAGUCAGCGCAGGUACACUCGAAAGUGCACCAGCUAUGGAUACAGGAGGGUGGUUCGCUCGAACACGAGCUGGCCUACACACAGAAAUCGCUCGGCGAGAUGGACUCAUCGACGCAUCAGCUGCUGAUACAGACACCAAAGGACAUGGACGCAUCGAUACUACAUCCGAACGCGCUGCUAACGCACCUGGACGUGGUGAAAAAGGCAAUCUCGGUGACGGUGCACAUGUACGAUAUAUCGUGGAGUUUGAAGGACAUGUGCUACUCGCCCAGCAUUCCCAGCUUCGACACGCAUUUCAUCGAACAGAUCUUCGAGAACAUCAUACCGUGUGCAAUCAUAACGCCGCUCGACUGCUUCUGGGAGGGUAGCAAACUGCUUGGCCCAACGUUUCCCGUACACAUACCUGGCAUAACGAGUAAAGUGCAGUGGACGUCACUGAAUCCACAAACACUGCUGAAAGACAUCAAGGCACAGAACUAUCAGUUUCCGUUCGAAACGCUCGAGCAGUACAUGAAGCGAGCGGGCAUCAGUACGGGCUAUACGGAGAAACCUUGUCUGAAUCCGAAGGACAAGCAGUGUCCCGAUACGGCACCGAACAAAAAGUCCGGCCAGGUACCGGACAUUGGUGCGAGUCUCACCGGAGGUUGCUAUGGAUUUGCGGCGAAGUAUAUGCACUGGCCGGAAGAGCUGGUAGUCGGUGGAGCGGUGCGCAACCGGACCCAUCACCUCAAGUCGGCGAAAGCGUUACAGACGGUAAUUCAGCUGAUGGGCGAACGGGAGCUGUACGAUUACUGGAACAACCACUACAAGGUGCACCAUAUCGGGUGGAAUCCGGAGAAGGCGGCCGAGGUGUUGAAUGCUUGGCAGAAGAAGUUUUCGGCAGAGGUGAACAAAAUCAUGCAGACGGAAGUGAAACCCCUAUCGUACUAUGGAGUGUAUGCGUUCUCGUCGGCGACGCUGGAUGACAUACUGGGAAAGCACUCAAACCCGAACCCGAUCAGUCUGGGAAUUGGUAUUGCGAUCAUCUUGUUCUACACGGCGUGUACGCUUAUUCGCUGGCGGGAUGGCAUUAAUGGGCAGAGUGGAGUCGGUGUGGCUGGUGUGUUGCUGAUCACGGUGACGACUGCUGCUGGGUUAGGGUUCUGCGCACUGCUUGGUAUCGCUUUCAAUGCUGCCACGACGCAAGUGAUUCCUUUCCUGGCUCUUGGACUCGGAGUUGAUCACAUCUUCGUGCUGACGCAUGCGUACGCCGAGAGAGAUACGAGCGAGCAAACUGGGCAGGUGUUGAAGAAGGCUGGACUCGGCGUCCUAUUCGCCGGAGCCUCAACUGCGGGGUCAUUCUUUGCGGCCACACUCAUCCCUGUGCCAGCCCUGCGUGUGUUCUGUUUUCAGGGCGCAAUCCUGACGGUAUUCAAUCUGGCCGCCGUGUUGCUUGUAUUCCCAGCCAUGAUAUCACUCGAUCUUCGCCGUCGUCGUUCGGGACGUGCGGAUGUACUGUGCUGCUGUCUGCCAGCCCUUCCAAACACAACGCAUGACCUCAACAAGCAACGCUACCAUCAUCAUCAGCAAACGCAGCAAUCACAGCCGAUACAGCCAGGACAACAGCAGAACAAUGCCGAAGCUCAACGACAGGAGGAAGACUCUCUGAUCGAGUGUCAAUCGAAGGCAUGUCUCAGCUUUUCGCUGUCCCGGUUUGCGAUCAAACAUUACGCUCCGUUCCUAACGCGCAGUUCGGUGAAAGUGUUCGCUAUGUUGAUGCUGACCGGCAUCCUCGGUGUGUCACUGUUCGCCUCGAUGAAGCUCCCGGAUGGGUUAGAAUUGACGGAUCUCGUCCCACAAAACACCAACGAGCAUCGGUUCCUGAGCGUGCAGGGGAAACUGUUCGGCUUCUACAGCAUGUUUGCCGUCACGCAGGGAGAUUUUGAGUAUCCGAACAAUCAGAAGCUGUUGCACGAGUAUCACGAAGCGUUUGUGCGUGUGUCACACGUGAUCAAGAACGAUAAUGGUGGAUUACCAGACUUCUGGCUCAGUUUGUUCCGGGAUUGGUUGCUAAAUCUGCAGCGUGCGUUCGACCGGGAUUAUCGCGAGGGUCGCAUCACACAGGAACGGUGGUACGCGAAUGCAAGUAACGAUGCGAUCCUGGCGUACAAGCUGCUGGUACAAACUGGACAUGUAGACAACCCGAUCGACAAGAGCUUGGUAACGCAGGUUCGGCUGGUAGAUUCCGAGGGCGUCAUCAAUCCGGAAGCGUUUUACAACUACCUUUCGGCCUGGGCUUGGAACGACGUGCUUGCAUACGGUGCUUCACAGGGUAACUUACGACCGGAGCCUCGCGAAUGGUUCCACACACCGUCCGACUUUGAGCUGAAGAUCCCGAAGAGUGCUCCACUGACCUACACGCAGCUACCGUUCUAUCUGCACGGGCUCAGCGAUACGGCCGAUAUCAAGACGAUGAUCAGCCAGAUACGCGAGCUGUGCUCCAAGUUCGAAUCGCGCGGACUGCCAAACUAUCCCUCAGGAAUUCCUUUCAUCUUUUGGGAGCAGUACAUGAAUCUCCGGCCCGGGCUACUGAAAGCUAUCGGAUGUGCCUUGCUGGCGGUGUUUGUGUUCGUCUCGCUAUUGCUGCUGUCCGUGUGGGCUGCGCUGAUGAUCGUGUUUAAUGUGGUGAUGAUGUUGAUACAGCUUCUCGGUGUGAUGAUACUGCUCGGCAUCAAGCUGUCGGCAAUACCCGCCGUCAUACUAAUAGCUAGUAUUGGAUUGGGCGCUGGAAUAACUGUGCAUGUGUCACUGGGCUUCAUCACCUCGAUCGGAAACCGUGAUCGGCGCGUUAAGCUAGCACUGGAGCAUUAUUUCGCACCGAUCGUGCACGGCGUUAUAACGUCCGCGCUGGCCAUCUUUAUGCUAUCGACUUCCUCGUUUGAGUUUGUCGUGCGACACUUCUUCUGGCUGCUGCUGUCGGCGAUCGUCAUUGGAGCACUGAACGGGCUGUUCUUCUUCCCCAUACUGCUCAGCAUGAUCGGUCCGGGCGCGGAAGUUAUCCCGCUCCAGUAUGCGAACCGCAUCUCGACACCAUCGCCCCCACCGAAACGCAUCAACAAACUGUCCAGCGGCAAACCGAUCGUGCUAAAUAACAAACGAUCGUCGUGUUCGCGCAGCUGCUCGAAACCGCAUCACCAUCACAAGCACAACAACGUCAAUCUGAGCAACGAACCGUCGCUGACGACCAUCACCGAAGAGCCACAGUCGUGGAAGAGUUCCGCGUCGUCCAUCGCGUCCAUGCACGAGAAGCCACCGGGUGGAUCGGUUGGCCAUCACAGACAAUCCGCUGGAUUGAUGGGUGGUGGUGGUGGUGGUGGUGGUGUGGGUGUUGGUGGUGUUCCACCAUCCAGCACUUCGCUCGGUGGUAGUAUGAUGGGUGACGGCAAUCUGGGCGGUGUGUAUAGCCAUCCUCACGCCCACCAUUAUCAUCACCAUCAUCAUCAGCAAGCGCCGGAACUGCAGAGCAUUGUGCUGCAGCCGGAAGUGACGGUCGAGACGCACCAUCACGGGGGCGAACAUCAGAACACUAAGGUGACGGCAACGGCCAACAUCAAGGUGGAACUGGUAACGCCGGGCCGUCCCGCACGGAUGAUGCACACGACCGCUAGCAGUACGAGCAGCAACGCGAGCAGUACUUCCGGAAGUACGGCGAGCAGUACUGGAAGCUCCGGUAGUGCCAGCAGCUAACAACUCUCCCCAGACUGAUCACAGUGCGAAUGAGCGUGUGUGUGUGUGAGUGUGUGUGCGCGUGUGUAGGUGGGUGGACAAGGAGCACCAACACCAACGAAUACUAAACCUAAUAGCUUAAGACGAAACGUGUAGAAAACGCAGCAGAAGCAACUUAGACCAAUCUCUACCAAUCGAACGAACCAAUUCACACAUCAAAUCAAACCAUUCAACCCACUAGAGCAUUUUCGCUUAGUUAUAUCAUAUUAGCGCGCGGUAAGGUUCAUUAUUAUAUAAACUCCAUAAUCAUCCUUUGCCCGUUUGUCUCCCACCUUUCCGUUCCAUUUCCCUACUCGCGGUGUAAGUGUGUAAAUAGCAGUAUGAAGCGAAGGUGCGUGUUUUCGGAAAAAGCGAAACAAUCAUUAUUUAUUUUCCCUCCAUUUUUCCUCCCCCCAAACAAUGUCAACUGUAUUUUUUAAAAUUUUCACAAGCAGAAGGAUACGCCGACAGAACAAAAAGUAUUAUUAUUUUGCACACAUACAUGAAACAUACGUACACAAUGAGGUGGUAGUGUAACAACUAGUGUGUUUGUGGUGUUUGUAAGGAGUUGUUGUGCUGUGCCUGAAUGUCCCGACGAGAUGCGCCUUCUAGUGCGUUGCAGCUGGAAAGAGAGAAGCAAAAUGAGCAAGAGAAAAAAUACGCAUAUUUUAAAUCCGUUUAGAGUGUCUACUUGACAACUCGUUUUGUUUAAUGGGUAAAAUGUGCCCAAGGGAAAAAGACUGGGACUGAUCGUAGUAGCAUAUGGAAAACAACUCUUUGUACAUUUGUGCUCAAUACUUCAUCCUUUUCAUCCUUCACUUGCUCUCUCUCUCUCUCUCUCUCUACACACUCACAAUAAUUCACUCAUACUAGUAAGAACGCUGUGUAAAUAGUAUUCCCUUCCGAGCUAUGACACGCAUCAUAGCAAGCGUCGUUUUGUUUUUUUUCCUAAUAAGAGCCUAAACAAAAUGUAAUCAUUUGGAAUGCAUUAUACUAAACAGAAACAUAAAAAUGGGGCUAUUAAAAGUGUAUUGUAAAACGCAGCCACGUGGGAGGGGAGAGAAAGGAUGUGAAGCAAAGUCAGAAUGAAACCAAUCAGUACUUAAAUGUGUAGUAAUUCGCGUUAGCAGUUAUUUUUGUACAGCAAAGAAGGAAUGCCUGGAAGAACUGAAUCGAAAAUCCUUCUUUAAAUUAAACAGAGUCGCUUUUUUUUAAUUAGUGAUGGUGUGAAUAGGGAAAACGAAAAGGCACAACAAAAUACAAUACAAAAGGCACACGUAAAAAAAACACAAUCAUGUAUACCGCAAAAGUAUCAAAGACACAAGCCAAACCGAUUUUAAGAAGCAAAACGGGAAGAAAAGAGCAAAGAGAAGCGAGUGCGAGUUAAAACAAACGAGAACGAACAAAAAGAUGAAAAACGAAAACACACACAACAAUACACACACAUCCACACGACGAGUAGUGAAAAGUAAAGCACCUAGCGGUUAGUUGAAAAUCGAAAAAACAAUUAAACACAUCCCACCUGGUUUGAAUGAAAUUUAACAUAAAGUAUGCGUAAUUUUAGGUAAGAAAUUUUUGUAACAUAGAGGAAAACAACGAACAUGAAAGCGGAAGGGGAAGAAGUUUGGUAGAAGAUCGUAGGUAUAAAGAAAUGCUAAAUUUAACGCAGGGUUACCAGAAAACAGAUAAAGAAUCGGGGGAAGCAAAUUGGUUCGUUUCAAUCGACAAAAAAAGGAGGUGAAAGCCUCCUUUCUUUCGGCCACCAAACCAAUACUUGUCCGCCGGGUGUGAGCGGUGUAGUGUGUGUGUGUGUGUAGGAAAAUGUGCUUAAUGUAUGUGCUUUACUUACAAAGCAGAAGAGGACACACGAAGAGAGAGAGAGAGCAGCAACCGUAGAUGCGUAACUUGCGUAAGAAUGAUAGGAACAACAAAACUUAUUUAUUUCGUUUGUAAAGGAAUGCGCGUUCGUGGCGUUUUAUUUUAUCCUAAAUGACAUACAAACGGGCUCCGUUUAAUCAUUUAAAUUAUUUAGUGUUGCGUGUGUGUGUGUGUGUUUUGCUUUUCUAGUAUACAAACAAAAAACGGAACAACACAAAUCAUACUAUGGAAGAGAGAAAUGUGUGCGUGUAACUGAAAACGACAAAACGAGUCUAGUAGCUGUUAAUGAACGGUAUUUUUAUAUAUAAAAAAUCGCAAGAGCAUUUAGCUUGGGGUUUUUAGGUGUAUGCGAGUUUAAACAAAAAAGCACAAAUACAAAACACAAGACAAAGCGGGUAUGAUUUACAGGACAGGAAGAUAGAAAUAGAAAAUUCGACAAAGCAAACAUGGUCAUGCCUUCUAGAGGAAGAUGGAGCGGACAGGAUUGUACAAUAAAUAAUAAAUGAUUGUGUAAGACGGUAAAUCUGAAUCGAGUGUUAUAAAUUAUGUUGCGUUUGUGAGGGGGGUUGUUGUGGUAGGCGAUCGAUCGAGAGCGUACACGUGCAGGAAACGCGAAGAGAUAAGAAAGAAAUAAAGGAUUGAAAAA